AUGUCUCUGUUUCUGUUUCUAUUCUCCGCAGUGGCUCACUGUGCAUCAUCCAGACAGAUCAUCUCCCACUGGAAGAACUGCACGCGGCACGACUGUCCGGUCUGCCUGCCUCUAAAGAACGCCAGUGACAAGAGGAACCAGCAACCCAUGCUCAGUUCUCCGGGGGCCAGCCUGCAGAGCGCCAUCAGCUCCGUGGGCUCGGGCCAGCCCAGCGCCACCGCCAUCAACAGCGCUGCCACACACAUCGACCCCAGCUCCAUGCAGAGGGCCUACGCUGCACUCGGCCUGCCGUACGGGAACCAGUCCCUGGCCCAGGUCCCGGGCCAGGGGCCCGCUCAGCAGAACGCCCAGGGCCACCAGCAGCUGCGAAGUCUUAACGCACUAGGCACUAAUCAGAUGAACCAGAUGGCAGGAGGCAUGGGAGUCCCCUCUUCAGACCAGGCUGGCAUGCACUCCGACUCCUCUCUACCAUCAUCACUCAACAAUCAGCUGAUGCCAGAUGGGUCAGUAGCGGGAGGCAUGGGAAACCUGCCCACUGCCACCCCUCUCUCUUCUUCGGGGGUAAGGAAGUCCUGGCAUGAACACGUCACUCAGGACCUGCGCACCCACCUGGUGCACAAACUUGUACAAGCCAUAUUCCCCACCCCAGACCCCGCAGCACUGAAGGACCGGCGGAUGGAGAACCUGGUGGCGUACGCACGCAAGGUUGAGGGUGACAUGUACGAGUCAGCUAACAGCAGGGACGAGUAUUACCACUUCCUGGCGGAGAAAAUCUACAAAAUACAGAAAGAAUUGGAGGAGAAGAGGCGCUCGCGGCUGCAGAAACAGCCUGGCAUGGUGGGCUCAGCCGGGCCUCAGCAGCCCAACUCCAUGGUCCCGGGACAGACCGUCCGAUCUCCUAAUGGACCUGUGCCUAUGCCCAACAUGCCAAAUCAGUUAAUGAACCGUAUUCAGGUGCCCCAAGGAAUCAAUCAGUUUAACCCAAUGGCAAUGCAGAAUGCGCAGAUGUCUCAGGCAACCAUGGGAGCACGAGCCCCCUCCCCCAUGAACCAUCCACAGCAGAUGAACAUGAGCUCCGUCCCAACGGACUACUUUGACAUUGUGAAGGGACUUUCCCAUGACUUAUCCACCAUCAAGCGCAAGUUGGACCGGGGUCAAGUACCAGGAGCCGUUCGGCAGUAUGUGGACGAUGUGUGGCUCAUGUUCAACAAACGCCUGGCCUAUGGUGUUUUGAAGCAGAGAUUGAUCGCCGUCAUGGCAGGGCCUGGUUACUGCUGCGGCAGGAAGUAUGAGUUCUCACCCCAGACGUUGUGUUGCUAUGGCAAACAGUUGUGUACCAUUUCCAGGGACGGCACCUACUACAGCUACCAGAACAGGUAUCACUUCUGCGAGAAGUGCUUCAACGAGAUCCAGGGAAACAGCGUGACCCUGGGGGACGACCCCUCACAGCAACAGACCAUGAUAUCAAAAGAGCAGUUUGAAAAGAAGAAAAAUGACAUGUUGGACCCUGAACCGUUUGUUGAAUGUAAAGACUGUGGGCGAAAGAUGCAUCAGAUCUGUGUGCUGCACUACGAUGUCAUUUGGCCAUCAGGCUUUAUCUGUGACAACUGUCUGAAGAAGUCGGGCAAAACAAGAAAGGAGAACAAAUUUUCUGCCAGAAGUCUCUGUAAAGGACUGCAGACGACCCGGUUGGGGACGUACAUUGAGGACAGAGUGAAUAAGUACUUGAAAAGGCAGAACCACCCAGAGGCUGGUGAGGUGUUUGUGCGAGUCGUGGCCAGCUCUGACAAAAAUGUGGAGAUCAAGCCUGGCAUGAAGUCUAGGUUUGUGGACUCGGGCGAGAUGGUGGAGACCUUCCCUUACAGAACCAAAGCACUUUUUGCAUUCGAGGAAAUAGACGGCGUGGACGUUUGUUUCUUCGGCAUGCACGUCCAGGAGUACGGCUCGGAGUGCCCCUUUCCAAAUACUAGACGGGUUUACAUAUCAUACCUCGACAGUAUUCACUUCUUCAGACCACGUGCACUAAGGACUGCAGUGUACCAUGAGAUAUUAAUAGGCUACCUGGAGUAUGUGAAGAAACUGGGGUAUGUGAUGGGUCACAUCUGGGCCUGCCCCCCCAGUGAAGGAGAUGACUACAUCUUUCACUGCCACCCCUUCGACCAGAAGAUCCCCAAACCCAAGAGGCUGCAAGAGUGGUACAGGAAGAUGCUGGACAAGGCUUUCGCUGAGAGGAUCCUGCACGACUACAAGGACAUAUUCAAACAGGCAACUGAAGACCGAAUCACCACUGCCAACGAGCUGCCGUACUUUGAGGGUGACUUUUGGCCUAAUGUACUGGAGGAGAGCAUCAAGGAGCUGGAGCAGGAGGAGGAAGAGAGGAAGAAGGAGGAGAACACGGCCUGCACUGAGACCACAGAGGGAGCCCCAGCUGACACCAAGAAUGCCAAAAAGAAGAACAGUAAGAAAACCAACAAAAACAAGAGCAGCGUCAGCCGAGCCAAUAAGAAAAAGCCUGGGAUGCCGAAUGUAGCCAAUGACCUGUCUCAGAAACUCUACGCCUCGAUGGAGAAACAUAAGGAGGUGUUUUUUGUUAUCCACCUCCAUGCCGGCCCGGUCGUUAACACCCUGCCUCCCAUCAUGGACCCCGAUCCUCUGUUGACCUGUGACCUGAUGGAUGGCCGCGAUGCCUUUCUGACUUUAGCCAGGGACAAGCACUGGGAGUUCAGCUCACUGAGGAGGUGCAAAUGGAGCACAAUGUGUAUGUUGGUAGAACUACACAACCAGGGCCAGGACCGCUUUGUAUACACCUGCAAUGAGUGCAAGCACCAUGUAGAGACUCGCUGGCACUGCACCGUCUGUGAGGACUACGACCUAUGCAUCAACUGCUACAACAUCAAGGGCCACGAGCACCAGAUGGUGAAGUGGGGUCUUGGUCUGGACGAUGACAGCAACGGUCCGGGUGGAGAGGCCUCCAAGAGCCCCCAGGAGAGCCGACGCCUCAGCAUCCAGCGCUGCAUCCAGUCCCUGGUCCACGCCUGCCAGUGCCGCAACGCCAACUGCUCACUCCAUUUUUACUUUACCGGAACCUCCACGGGUACCCAACGGGGGUAUGGGACCCCGGGACGGACGGGCCUCCUCGACGACGACCCGACGAGCUCCACGGUAGUGACCGGAGACGGUGGACCAAACGGUACCGACGGUACGGACGUAAGGACGGACGCCCUGGGGUCGUACGGACUAAGACGCGACGACGACGACGGUGGACGACGACGACGUGGACGACGACGGGACGACGACGUGUGGAGCGACGACGACGACGGACGUGGACCGACGACCUACGGACGGCCGACGCACCGGAACGCAAUGAAGCGACAGGAGUACAAAUUAUUCCGGUCGGGUUACUACCCCAACCUGAACUCCUACAAUCCUGGGACGGACGAACGACGACGGCCCCGACCCCUGCUAAAUUCCCACGGCGUCAUAAGAACGUCCCGUGAGCAUCGUUAA